AUGUCAAUGUGCAGUCUCUUGAUUUUAGCCACACUUUCGCUUUCGUUGCUGUCCACUUGCCGUGCCGACCUCAUAUCCGAUGUCUGCUCGGCAUCCAUAUACCGGGCUUUCUGCUACCGAACCCUAAGAUCCGACCCGGCCGCCCGCGCAGCGAAGGACCUCAUAAGCCUCGGCAAAGUCGUGGCCGGGAAGGCCAAAGUCGCCUCCUAUGACGUUUCCGUCAUCUCCAAGAAGGUUGGCGGCCCGGCAGCGAACACGUGCGUCGAGGUCAGCGUCGAUGCCAUGGAUUUUCUCGACGAGGUGUUGGGUUACCUGAGAAAGCCCGGGAGCGGGACAAAGGACGAUCUUCUGACCAAGGCCUCGGCGGCUUUGAGUGACUUGUACACUUGUGAUGACGAGUUUGGCCGCCGUGAGCCGGUCAAGCUUAAGGCGGCCAACGCCAAGGCCAAGAGUCUCGUUAGUAUACUGCUAACUAUUGGGAACAAGAUGUGA